AUGAGCGGGGACAAGAAAAAGGCUGGAGAUUAUGGGGGGCUCCCCGAGGUCGAGAAUUACACUACUGAAGUUGAUAAUGCCAGUGUUAGUGACGGAGUGGACUCGCCUGAAGUAUCAGGAAAGGAAAUUCCUGGCGAAUGGUUGGCCUACGGUACAUGCCGUGAAAUCCUGGCGUUUGAAUCGCAGGGGGAGAUUGAGACCUCAGUCGGCACUGCAUUUGUCUCGUCCAUCAAUGUUAAAGGGCAUGCACUUAAGCUGCGGAAAACUGGUAGAAACGACUUGAUCAUGCUCUGUCCGGAGGCCAUGGGAGAGCCAACAUAUACAUCUGUCGUUGGCGACUACUUGAUGGAUAUCUACUGCUUCACUGAUGCUGAGAGUCUACCGAAAGUGUACAAGCUCCGCUGUGAUUCCAAAGAGGAUGCCGAAUACGUUCGUCUGUUGUGGAACUCUGAUCUCGAGGUGCGAGUUGUUGACGCUGUGAAGCUCACCCAUCCUUGGUACUUCAGGCAACCGUAA